GCACCGCCCCCUCCCCCUCUCACAUGACCGAUGGCGAGCUGUUCGUCGCGCCCGCUCGCCUCGCCCGUUCGCCGCAGCAUGGCGCCGCGCCGCCCCUCCUGCCUCCUCUUCCUCCUGCUGCUCGGCGCCUCCGGUUUUUUCCAGUCCUAUGCACUGGAAGUAGAUGUAAAGGAUGCCUCUAAUGCUACGUGCCUGUAUGCAAAAUGGAUGAUGAGAUUCUUGAUAAAAUACGAAACAAACAGUAGUGAUUAUAAAAACGCAAGCUUGAAUUUGUCAUCUGAUGUCACACACAAUGGAAGCGUCUGUGGCAAUGACACACAAGCUGCACUUCUGGCAGUACAGUUUGGAGAAGGUCACUCUUGGAGCAUUAACUUUACAAAAUCCAACGAAACUUACCAGGGGGACUUUAUCACAUUUACUUACAACACCAAUGAUACUGCUGUAUUUCCUGAUGCUAAAAGAAAAGGACCAAUUACUAUUGUUGUACGGGAUACUAUGCGUCCAGUUCAACUGAAUAACGUCUUCGUGUGUCAUAACGCUGACUUUUUUGAAGCAGAAAACGUAACACAGAUUUUCUGGAAUGUUACUGUGCAGGCUUUUGUUCAGAAUGGCACAAUCAGUAAAAAAGAGUCUAGAUGUCGUGCUGAUGCACCUACUUCUGCACCUACUGUUCCACCUACUAUUGCCAAUGUAACUACUGCAUCUACCACCACUUUAUCACCUUCUCCAACCACUGGUCCCAGGCCUGUGGAGAAUCCAGAAACAGGAAACUAUUCUCUUAAAAGUGGAAAUAAAACUUGUCUUCUGGCUACUGUGGGGCUGCAGCUGAAUGUUUCCCAAGACAAGCCUCUUCUGAUCAACAUCAAUCCAAAGACAACAAGCGCAGAUGGUACAUGUGGUAACACAACAGCUACUCUGAAACUGAAUGAUGGAAAUAGCACAUUGAUUGGGUUCACAUUUGUUGUUAAAAAUACAAGUGCAAGUGUACAAAAAUUUUAUCUGAAGGAGGUGAAUGUUACACUGCUCAACCGUCUGAAUGGUUCUGUCAUUUCAAAUGCAGAUAACAACAAUUUCAGCAAGUGGGAUGCUUUCCUUGGUAGUUCUUAUAUGUGCCGAAAAGAGCAAACUCUUGAGGUUAAUGAAGAUCUUCAAAUACAUACUUUUAAUCUAUGGAUUCAGCCAUUCCUCGUGAAGGAAAAUAAGUUCUCUACAGCCCAAGAGUGUUCACUGGAUGAUGACAACAUUCUAAUCCCAAUUGUAGUUGGUGCUGCACUUGCUGGCUUGAUUGCCAUUAUAGUGGUUGCUUACAUAAUUGGCAGAAGAAAAAGCUAUGCCGGAUAUCAAACUUUGUGAAUCUAAAUGUGAUUCCUGUUCUGAUUUCACUCUAAACAAAGCAAGUGCAAGUUCUGAAGUCCAAAAAAGACCCAAACCUUAGGAGUAAUUACUAGCCACAGCUAAUUGGAGUUGAGAAACAAAGAGAGAAUGUUUAUCUCAGAUGAAGCAGAACUACGUUCUUAGUUUUCCUGCUCUAAGAAGACGACGUGGGUUUCUAGCUGUUUUGAAGAUGUCAAAUGUUGGAUGAAUUGCUAGGCUAAGGAUUUUGUCUUGCAAAAACCCCAAAGCAUUUAGGAUUUAUUUCUGCUUUUUACAAAUUGCAGCCUCAAACAAGAACACAUUCUAAACUGAUGUACAUUGGGCAACUCCCAGAAGAGCAUAGAAUUUGUACUUGCUUCUCUCCUCUGCGUUCCUUAGUCGUUGUCAUAAUUGUGGGUUAAGCUGGCAGCAUUAGUCACUAUGUUGACGCCUAUAAUAUUUAACGAGGGUUGUAUGAUGCCCAGUAACAGCUUUGUUUUCCACAGAAUUGAACUUCAGGCUGGAGAUUAAGUGAUCUUUUGAAGUGGCAGCAGUAACUUACUUAGCUUUGGCAGAAUUUGAGUAGUUUACUCCUGCUUUGGUGUAGUUUCAGGAAUCAUUCCUAUACCCUGGCUGUACAAAUAAAAUGGGUAACCUAUACUUGCCAAAUGGUGGGUAUAUAGCAAGACUUUAGUGCCGUUUCCAAAUGCUUUUAACAACAGCAACAAAAAAUUACUGUUAGGCACUGAAUUCUUCAUCACUUAUUAUACCUUGGCAAUCAUCUAAAAUAAUUCAGCUGAGGCAGAGUUCUGCUAAAUUAAUGCAAGCUUUUUUGCUGGCAUCAGUUUAAAGGGAAUAACCUUUCUAAAUAUUCCAGAACUUUAAAGUGCACUUAACUUUAUAGCAUACUCUGCACAGAACUGGUCUGUCUUGUUGCUUUGAAUGACCAUUGUUUAAAGAUGCUUUCAUUUAAUGAGCCAGUAUCUGUUGUUGCAGCUUGAGCUGUUUUUAAAUCUUCAUCUUGAAUGGUUCUCUGCCAACCAGAACUCACAUUAUAACUGCCCGCCAUUGGCAUUCUGAAUGUUUAAUGUACUUUGUGUUUGAUUGUUUGCUGUCUAGCAUUUAUUAGUGUUGAGAAUGGAAAAGCCAAACAAGUCUGAGAUGGACCCACAACACCUGUUUUUUCCUUGCUGCAUGGAAAGGAUAACUAGCUUAAAAAAUGCAGUGCAACUAGACUGUUCUUAAACUGCAGCUCUGUAGAGAAUAACCCUUGCUGCACAAUUUUUCUCUGGCCUCCUUGUGCUGUAAUAUAUAGGUUUUACUGCAUGGGGGAAAAAAAAGGUCUUUUAGACUUUAGAUGUGUGGCUUUUUUGCAUAUGUCAUAACAUGAGCUGCCUAAACUAGUUAUUUAAUGAACGUAACGUUGUCUCCCCCUUUAGAAUGAGUUUAGCCUGCAUCAAAGCUGGUUUAGUGUUUUAUUAGUGUUUUCUAGGGUUGUUGAGAUAUCUGUGGCAUGUUUGUAUACAAAUACUAAAAUACACUUCUUUCAGUAAUUUUUUUUUUUUGGUAAAACCAGUUUACUUUUGACACUAGCUAAGGAAGCAAGUGUGGGUGGAUAAUGCUUACUAUAGCUUGUAGUCUACAGCUUGAAUUUUGCAUCAGUUACUGAAAUUCAUUUUAAUGGAAGUGGGGAACUACUAUAAGUUUAAUACUGAAACAGGCUUCAAGACUUUCCAUUUUAAUUAAAAAAAAAUGAAUCUAAUGACUUUCACAUUAAUAUAUCCUCAAAUGCAGAAAUUCAUAUAGAUUUUUUUUUAGCAUUUUGGUGACUGAUGUUUAGUGGCACCAGUUACAUGUGCAUUUCUGUUAAAGGAGUAGAAACCACACUGUGUUCAUCUGACCAUGCAAAUUUUCAAACUGUGCAUGGUUUCCAAGUGACAAUAUAGAAGACCAGUGCAAGCUGCUCCCAAAAUUCAACAAUACUAGAAGUAUGUUUGCAAAAACCUGCAACUUAAUCUUCAUUUGCAAGUAUAUUGGCUCAGAGAUUAAAGUACUCCUAGACUGGUGUGCAGAUAACUGGUUCAAAAAACAUCUAAUUUUCAUUUGACUGCCUGUUGUUAUAAAACCACUAGUUUUCCUGUAUGUAUUGCUCCGUAGGGAACUGUCAACCUGUUCAAAAUGUGCUCUAAAUAAUAAAGAUCGUUCUAUUUCUUAAGGAAAUUUGUUCACAUUUUUUAACUGAUUUGAAAACAGACAUCUUGUACUAUCUCUUUAAAAAGAAAAUAAACUAAAUGAGUAAGGUAAGGUCAAUCAGUGUGUAUCUGACAUUCUGUUAUAUAGCUGGUGAAGGUGGUCCUUGAACAGUCCUCUGUUGUUUGUGUUGUAAUGCCUUGUUUUGCAGCACAUUCUGAAGUGUGCUUGGCUACAAUCCAUUAGCAGAAGACAGCCUGAACCAGUAGAGAAGCUCUACACCUGGUUCAUCACUAGAAAUCUGCUUGUAAACUUUUUUUGUCAAUUGUAGCUCCAUGCAGACAAGGUGUUUUUCUGUGAUUGAUUUUGCUAGCCAUCUUAAACUGGCGUACAGCUGCGAACAGUUCAGUUUCUUCUUGCAGUUGUCCUGGAAAAUUAAAUUGGUCUCUGCAUUCAGCAAAAGUGGGCAAGCACUAGGGAGCCUUCUGGGAAUUGGUUAGUAGCUUCAUCCUCUAAGGUAGAAGCUGUGUUGAUCCUGUCUGCGCUGACAGUUCUUCUGGUAACUACUACUAUAUACUUUUUCCUGCAUCAAGAGAGAUGCUAGUUCUUUCCUUUACCAUAUAUCUUUCUGGCCCAUCUUAUGAACUCUAUGGUCAUAGGACAAGAGGAAAAAGUGCGGUAUAAUCCUAUACCAUUUCUUCUUGAUUCUAGCCUGCACUGCUUCUAUAAUCGUUACGUUAAAGCUACCUUCCUAUCUGCUACACAAAGUCAAAAUAACAUUAGCACCUUUCUGAAAGAGUGUCAGCUGAAGCUUUUUUAAUGUGAAGGAAAACACAAAUAUGUUAAUAGACUCUUGUUAACAUAUUAACCUAAGGGUUCCUAAGGUUGUAAAUCAGUCAAAGUGAAUUUAAACUACAAGGGAACUGCAGGCAUCAAAUUUCUGACAAAUUAUUAGUACAAAUCAGUCUGCAAGAGUCUGUGACAAAACUUGGAACAAGCAGGAGUUAGUGCUGUCCUGUAAUAAUUGUAAAGACUUUUUUUUUUAAGCGUAAUUCUGUCUCCAGUAUUGUUGUCUCUCCUGGAGACUUGCAGUGAGCAUCUAGACACUGGAAGACUGGACUUUGUGGUGUACAAUAAUGAUAAAGCUACAGUAGUGUAUCAUGGAAGUAUGAGUCUGUUAUGAUGUUUGGAAAGGGCAACCAUUACUGUUAUAUUUUGGGGAGGGGGAGGAGGUCAGGGUUUUGUGGUUGACUGUCUGAUGUGCUGUUGGGGAAAGGCAUAAUUGUUUUAAGUAAUUAGAGGGAGAUUAUAGUCUUAAAGAGAGUCAAGCAAGUGGGUUUAUUUAAAAACAAACCUGGUUAAGAAACAAGGUAGAGUGUAUUGUCAUAGUUUAUGUUUGAAUCUAACAACUUGGAGUAUGUUCUAGCUCAUGAUCAAUUGAUGAAUUAAUUUCAGCUCUUCCAAAAUACUACACUUUUAAUUAAAAAAAUAUGAAGACAUGCAGUGGCAUUAUGUGAAUAAAAAUAGUUUUGUUGUGGCUUGUGGAAAUAGCAUAUAACUUGUGGAUGUUGAAUAUUAAUGUGUAUAAUCUAUCAUAGACUGCCGUUUGAUUACUAUGGACUGUGCCUUAUAUACAGUUUACUAAAUAUUAAAAUUGUUCUCUAAGAUACCAAGAUUUCUGAUCUUUAAGCUUAAAGAUGCCAUGCUAGUAGUUCUCAAAACAAGAUUUUCCAGCCAACAAAUGCUUUUUUGUUUGUUUGUUUUAAUUUUUAAACUUACCACUGUUCUCUAUUGUAUAGUAUAUACCAAUAAAACCACAAAAUUUUGGGCUA